AUGGUUUUGGAGAGAAGUGUGGAUAAACGAACAUUGGCAACAGUACAGCUUGAUUAUUCUAUUAGAAUGAAUGACCCUGGGAGAGAGACACGAGGGCUAAUGGUUAUUAGGCAAACUAAAAAGACGAGAGCUAAACAGCGAAAACAAGCUAUUGCCAAUUGGAAAGUAAAAAAAUUUUCAAGGAUUAAAAAUUGUAAAAAAAUUUUAAAGUCAAUAGGCCGCAAAAUUAUCACAAUGGCCAAAGAACUUGGAUUAGAAGCAACAAGUUAUUUACUUCACAGUCACGACAGACUAGUCACCGAUGAGACUGUUGGGGGAGGUGGAGGGCAGAACCCUAGAAACUCUUUUGGAAUACGCCCUCCAACCUCGAUAGCUGGUAAUAGUUCUCCAAACAGUUACAGACCUGGUGGAGGGAGGAAGAUAUAUACAAGAGGUGUUGGAGAUGGUGGAGGGGAGGAUGCUGGUGAUCGGGAGGAGAAUAUAAAACUAAACGCUGGAAAUGACAAUACUAACCAGCAUGUCAACUUCCAAUACUAUCGCCUAGAAGAUCGCCAAAUGUCUCCAGCAUUGCGUUCUGUCGUUACCCAUGCAGCAAUAAACAAUGCAAAAUUAAUGCAGAUGAAUAAUCAAAAACAGCUUCAGCUAGCAGGCAAUCGAAAACUUGCAAAUGGAAAUAUACUUCCCGGAGUAGCAGACGCAGCUAGAAGGCUUUUAGUUUCAGCUAAAGGAACAUCAGAAGAGCGAAUAAUUUCAUCGUUUACCGAAAUUCAGUUACCUGUCUAUUCCAAUAUUAGAAACCAACAACACCAACACGUUCAUCUUACCCAACGUAAAUUAGUUCCCUCUGUGGGAAGUAGAGUAAGAGGUGUUGAAAUGUUACCUUCUAACGAUGUUCCAAACAUUCCUGCUUCGGAAAUUAAGACAGGUAAAACUAGCUGUUCCUUAAUUUUUGUAGGGGUCUUUUCAAUUACCUAG